AUGAUCACCUCCGAAACGAGCCAGAAACACAUCCUCAUCGUGGGCGCAGGACUAACGGGGCUGAUCCUGGCUCAGGCGUUGAGAUAUUUGAGUCAGACUCAGAAUGCGGCGAACAGUCAAGUGCGAUACUCGUAUUCGAUCUACGAGCGAGAUCCGUAUGCCUUCGCUCGCGGGGCAGGUUGGAGCCUCACCAUCCACUGGGCACUCACCGAUCUGCAUAACAUUCUGCCCCCAGACAUUCUGGCUAGCUUCAGCGAGUGCCUGGUCAAUCCUGGCGCUGCCGAGCAGGGCAAUCCAGGCAAAUUCCAGUUUCUCGAUCUCCGAACAGGGAAGCCGAAGGAGUCCUGGCCGAUUCCUGCCAACGCCGCCUCGCGAGUCUCCCGCGAGAAACUGCUGGCGCUGUUGAUGAGGAAUUUGGACAUUCAGUGGUCCAAGAAACUCGCCGACAUCACUCACCCUAGUGACUCCUCGGUGACGGCGCAUUUCACCGACGGGAGCAGCGCCACGGGGGACCUGCUUGUGGGUUGCGACGGGGCGCGCUCGAUGGUCCGUCGCCUCCUUUGUCCAGCCAUCGCCAUGCCGCAUCGGCUCCCCGUGCGCCUGAUCGGGCUGCGCGUACUGUAUCCCGUGGAAAAGGUGCGCCAGCACUGCGAGCCGAUAGACGUGCAUUUCUUCCAGGGCGGUGAUCCCCAGACAAAUGUGUAUUUCUGGUUCUCCUUCAUCCAUCUCCCGCGGCUCACGGAUCUGGACACCCAUGCCACCUGCCAGAUCAUGAUGAGCUGGCCCUAUCAGCCGGGAUUCCUGGGCCACGAGACCCCGACGGAGAUGCCCGAGAGCAAUGCUGACCGUUUGGCCUGGAUACGCAAGUUGGCGGCCGACUGGGCCGAGCCCUUUCGGCAGCUAGUCUAUGAUCUGCCACCUGAGACGGAGUUGAGGGAGAUUGUGCUCGAGGAUUGGCCGCCGAGGUUGGAUGCGUGGGAGCAUCGUAAAGGAACGGUGACGCUGGUGGGUGAUGCGGCACACGGGAUGACAAUGUUUCGCGGAGAAGCGGCUAAUCAUGGGGUGAUUGAUGUCUCGGUGCUCAUUAGGCUUUUAACUGCUAGCACGAAGGGGGAGAGCCCGACGGAGCUGGAGGACAUUAUCCAGGAGUAUGAGUCGGAGAUGAUUCAGCGGACGCAACCUGCUGUCCUAAAGUCGAGGCAAGCGUGCAUCGACGCCAAUCAUUACGCACGAGUGAAAGGGUCCAGUCCUUUGAUUUCUAAACGGGCAAUGAAAGAUUGA